AUGGCGAUAAUGGAGAUAGGGUUGAAUUUGAAGACAAUUUGGACGGUGUCAGAGGAAUAUGUUGACCUUGCAUUUGAUUUCUACCAGGCCUAUGCAAAUCACCAUGAUUUUAGUAGGAGACGUUCCUGGACUGAAAAGUGUACCAAAGUUCACAUGGACAAUGAAUCAGGAUAUUGGUACAUUGCGUACUUUUUAAACGAGCAUAACCACUCCGCUCUUGAUUUGCGAUUUGCUUCCAUGCUUCCAAGCCAUUGGAAGAUAAGCGAAGAGGACAUUGAGCAAAUGAACGAAAUGCGCAAAAGGGCGUUCCCAUAUCAUGAAUGCAGGGUUUUUUGGGACAUGUACAAUGUAAAUACGAAGCAACGAAGGAAUGGUAGCCUAGAUGUGGAUUCGUGUUUAAGGUAUCUCCGAGAAUGCAAGGCAAAUGAUCUAGCAUUCUACUACAAAGAAGUUGUUGACUGGAACAGUGUGUUUCAACAUUUAUUUUGGUGUGAUGGUACUAGCGAAAAUGAUUACCAGAUAUUUGGAGAUGUGGUUGUAUUUGAUGCAACGUAUAAGAAAAAUGUUUACCUUUCACAUUUGGUAGUGUUCUCUGGUGUAAAUCACCAUAACCAAACAGUGGUAUUUACCGCUGCACUAGUGGCUGACGAGAAAGAAGAGACCUAUGUGUGGCUGCUUCAACAGUUGCAAGUAGCAAUGAGGGCAAAAGUUCCCGUGUCCAUAAUAACUGACGGUGACAGGAAAAUGAAGUCAGCGAUUGAGCAAGUUUUUCCAGAGAGAAAGUGGUUUGAGAUGGUUGAGCAGUUUGGCGUAUGUGAUAAAAGAUGGAUACACAACAUGUACGAGAGAAGGCAUAGUUGUGCAACCGCACACAUAAGUUACACCGAUUUUUUAUGUUAUUAUCAUCGUUUCUUGAUGUUUGUUCGUGCAAAGGAAGUUGAAGCUGAUUUUGAGUGUGUAAAGGGUGACCCUAUGAUGACCACUAACCUGAAAUAUUUGGAGCGGUGUGCAGUUGAGAACUACACUCAGUCAAUAUUCUAUUUAUUUGUUUCCAUUCUUGAUAGAGCCUAUGUAAUGAGAGUCAUUGAUUCUAAAGUCCCUGGUUCAUAUUUUAUCCACACUGUCUCUAGAUAUGGCACUUCGAAGAAAGAUUGGCAUGUUGUUGCAUCAUAUGAAAUGACUGAGCUUAGAUGUACAUUUAUGAGAAUGGAGUGUUUCGGGAUCUCUUGCGAAUACAUAAUUGCGGUGCUUGUUCUUAACAAUGUUCAUGAGAUCUCGAAGUCUCUAAUAUUGCCGAGAUGGACGAAGGUUGCAAAAAUGGGGGCCGUGGAGUUGACGGGCAUAAUUUGGGAUUCUUUGUAA